CAAUUUUCAUUGGUUUUUUUGUUGCUUUUACAACUUGCUGCUUCAAUCUUGGGAAAUUGAUAGGAACGAAUCGCUUGGUACAGGUCAAGGAAUCAGAUAACGCCACUUCCAAAUGAAAGAUAAGUUAAGGGUAGAUGUCACAAUGGUUCAAUCUUGAUAAGUCUGAUAUUGAUUCCACAAAAUGAGUUCAAUAAGCUGAGGUGCAACUGAAAAGACAUCAAUUUAUUUAAUUAAAAUUACAAAAAUAGAAAAAUAUUCGACAUGAGCCUUCAAAUUAAUUUGACCCUUCAGCAAUCAAGAUUCUUGGAAGUGGCUCUGGGCCUUCAUCCUUCUCCACUUGGAUCUUGUCAAGUAUGGCUGCGACCAUUUGCUGGAGGGUAUCUUCUAACUGUUUGGUCCUACUCCUGGUCAUAGAUCCCUGUAUUUGGGCAGCUUUGGGAUUCUCAUUAGGUCACCUUGUGAAUCUUCUCCAUGGAAAUGUUUUCUUAAACAAAUUAUGUUCCAAUGACUUCCCCAAGUUGGUUAAGCAGAAAACAUGUCCUCAUACUGGAAAAUUUGGCAAGUUUCAUAAGUAUAAUGCUGCCCCACUGGCUUUGCAAGGUAGUGGGGAGUUAGCAAAUCAUGUUGCAAACUCAGUUAACCAUUUGGUAAUAUACUUUUUAGUUUCUGGGUCCCUUUUGUGCCACAAAAAAUUGUUAUGAAUCUGAUAUUUCACACCAUUCUAGGAUUCAGUUUGUUAUAAUAAAUGUUUGUACUUGAUCAAAUGUUUUGAAGUUUAAUACAAUAAAUAUGCUUUUAGUGGAAUGGCAGUAUUUUCUUCAUUUUGAUAAUUGAUAUAACUACAUGGGAAGGGGAUGAGAGGGAGAGAGGUUGAAAGUUAGAAAAAAAGAGAGAAAGCAAAUGCAUAACUUCUGGAAGCACUGGCUAAUGGGCAUUAUUAUGUCUUCUCUUUGGUCCCUCUAAUCAUAGUUGUUGGAUUUCUGUGAAUGAUAUGAAAGAAAUUGGAGAGCUUUGUUGUGUUUCUGAGCAACUUUAGGUUUCCUUUUGUCACUCAGAUGUAUUAUUUCUCUUCUUACCAACUGUUCUAAACGUAUAAACACAAGCCCAUGAUGCCUUGCAUUGGAAUUACAUCUUUGAUACUCUGGCAUGGACUAAAAAUUGCUCAAAGCUUAAGCCAUUAGAUGAAUAUCUAACAUGACCCCCUGUGUGAAAGUCCUUUGUUUGGACUUUGGUGUUUGGACUAGAAGCACAAUCAAAACACAGCCUAUCAUACCCUGUGUUGAAACUCACUUUAAGUAUAAAGAGCAAUGGUUACAACUUACAAGGAAUGAAUUCAUAAGUCCUGAUCACUUACAAAAGCAGGGACUGCCCUACCUAAAGAGGCAAUUGAGCACAGCUCUCAAGCUGAUUCUCGAAAGAAGGGGGGAAUCACUCUCAAGGCAACAAUUUGAACGGUGGAGUAAAAGCUUUUGGAGAUCAGCCCCCUUAUGAGGUACACGUGGAAGACACUCUGCUAAUGGAACCCCACACCCAUUUGCACCCCCAUCAGACCCAAUCAGGCAUUGGGCCAAGUGAUAGAUCGGGCCCACUAUGGAAAAAUGAAGAGAGUAAUAAGGAUGGCUACACUUAUGUAGCCCAAUCCCCUAAUGAAAAGCCUGAAAAAUACUCCAAAGUCUACAGAAGACAAAGAGUGUCUCACUACAAAGCCCCCCAGCUUGAACCCGUGGCAGAAGAAACUCAAGGGCUAGAAAGAGUCAAAAAUAUGGCCAUCACACCUGUUAUUCAAAAUCAAAGUAAAACCCACAAUCAAUUAGAAGCAAAAGGAAAAUUAAAAAGUAAAAUUGUUUGCAAUAAUCAUUUGUUGGAAGAGGCCAAGCAAUUAUGGGAAUUGGGGACACAUAUGGGCUUGGAAGUAGACAAAGGUCAUUCUGAUUUUAUUCAAAGCUUUGCAGACAUGGAGGCCAGGGACAGAAAUGAAGCUAUGGAGUUGGGAGAGAGGAAAACUCAUAGAUGAAUAUUCUUUCCUACAAUAUUAGAGGGUUGGGUAGAGGCAUUAAAUGGGCAUCUAUUAGGAAACUGGUUGGGAAGCAUCAAGUGGAUGUUCUGUGUUUGCAAGAAACAAAAAGGGAUUCUCUUUCUAAGGAAGAUUGUCAGGUUUUGUGGGGCCACUCAGAUGUUGCAUGGGAAUGGCAACCUGGUGAGAACACUGCUGGGGGGCUGCUGUGUAUUUGGGAUAAUAACAACUUUCAGGUUGAUUUCAGAAUCACUGAAAAGAGAUUUAUUAUGUUGGGUGGGACUUGGUUGGCUGAGAUGCAGAGAGUGGUUGUAGUCAAUAUCUAUGCUUCUUGUGAUAUUGAAGGUAAAAGACAGCUGUGGCAGAGCUUGAGUAAAAGGAAAUCUCAAAUUCAGGAUGAUUGUUGGUGUCUGGUAGGGGAUUUCAAUUGUGUUAGGAAUCCCUCUGAAAGAUUGGGAAGUAACCGCAGCAAUUCAGAUAAUGGCUUAAUAUCUGAAUUCAAUGAUUGGCUUCAUGAAAUGGAGGUUGAUGAUAUUCCUUGUGUGGGUAAACCCUUUACUUGGGUUAGGCCUAAUGGCUCCUGCAAAAGCAAACUGGACAGAGUGUGUGUUUCUGAUGGCUGGUUGUCCAGAUGGCCUGAUAGCUCCCAAUUUAACCUUGAGAGGAAUUACUCUGACUAUUGUUCUAUUAUCAUGCACUCUAAAUGCAUUGAUUGGGGCCCUAAACCUUUUAAGGUUUAUGAUGGAUGGUUAAUGAACAAGCAAUUUCAGAAGGUAGUGAGGGACUGUUGGUUAGAUUAUCAGCCUAUGGGGUGGGGUGGUUAUGCUUUAAAAUGCAAGCUUCAGCAUCUUAAACAGAGGCUAAAAAUCUGGAGUAAAGACAACAUAGGAGACCUGUGCAGCAAAGUCAAACAGCUUCAACAGAAACUAAAUGACUUGGAGAAUUCUAUACCAGCUCAACCUUCUGAACAACAAGUCCAGGAGCUCAAGAAAACCCAAGCUGACCUUUGGGAAAAAGCUACUAUGUAG